UUGGAAGUACGGAGAAUAGAGAAGAGGAAAAGAGUAAAGUAAAACCAAACCAGUUUCUCUUCUCUGCUUCUUCUUCUUUUUCAGGGUUCAGCUCUACUGUGUUCAUACCAUCAUCACAGCACUAAAGGUAUGAGAUUAUGUUUCUCUCCUCCAUAAUCUCACUUCAAUUUCUUUCUAAUGUCAUCAUGUACUUGCUUUUUUCAACCUUAGUGUACUAGAGAAUAUCUUAGGUUUUUGUCUGAAAUGUGGGUUUCCAUGUAAUUUCUUUUGAUUCUGCACAAUCAUUUACAAAGGGGUGGAUUGAGUGCCUGAAAUUUCUAUGCACAACACCAUUUCCACCAAUUGAAAUUGUAAGGGUGUUUCCUAGUAGUUUCCUAAAGCACUUUAGUAGCGCCUUUCGGCAACUUUUCGUAUUCAUUAAAGCUUUAAAAUUGAACUUUUGAAGACUUAGGAAAGACCCCUUUUGCUUCUUUUGUGGCAUUAUAAGAGAAACAAAUUGUUUUUGGUUACAUUUGUAUGUACCCUGUCUCAAUUUUCAAUUUCCAUUAGAUAUAAAAUUAGCAGAUUCAAAGAUGUUUCCGGGGAUGGGAGGGAGUAGUUUUCCUUCAACAUCGAUGAUGUUUCAGUACUAUGCAUCAUUUACUGGUUUAAUGAUGAUGAUUACAACUGCGAUUAACACAUACGUGCCUGAUCAAGUUCGUAUUUAUAUUGUGAAAUUCGUUCGGAAUAUCUUCUAUGGAAGGAAGAAUGCGCCUAAUACACUGACAGUAGCAAUUAAGGAGUUUCAAGGUGGUGCAGGGGGUGUUCAUAAUCAAGUGUUCGAGGCUGCGGAAACUUAUUUGAAUACCAAAAUUAGUCCUACUAUGAAAGGGCUUGAGUUGAGUAAAUCGGCAAAAGAUAAAAAGGUUAACAUCUCUGUCAACAAGAGAAGCCAGUAUAUUGAGGAUGAAUUUGAAUGUGUGAAACUCAGUUGGAGAAUGGUUGGUGGUACUAAUAAUAGUAGUAGUGCAAGUAGUAACCGGAUGAUCAGGCCAGGAUAUUCUGAUGGAUUCUUUCAAGACCCCUCUGAGAGUAAUGAAGAGUCUCCGACUAGAUUCGAGCUCAUUUUCGAUGAGAAGCAUUACGAGAAGGUUGUCGAGUCUUAUAUCCCUUACAUACUCAAGAAAGCAAAGGAGUUGAAUGAUGCAAACACAACUUUGAAGCUCUGGAGCAGUGGAGGUUCUGAUCCGUAUUCUGGCCGUGGACCUGGUGUAGGAGGUGGUGUCAACUUACAACAUCCAUCAACUUUUCAAACCCUGGCACUGGAUCCUGAGCUUAAGAAAGAGAUAAUAGACGACUUGGAUAGAUUUGUUAGGAGGAGAGAUUUUUAUACGAAAGUUGGUAAGGCUUGGAAGCGAGGCUACUUGUUGUAUGGUCCUCCUGGUACUGGAAAAUCUAGUUUGGUUGCUGCCAUGGCUAAUUAUCUUAAUUUCGAUGUCUAUGAUUUAGAGCUCACCAAUAUUCGUUCUAAUUCUCAAUUGAGAAGUGUGCUGUUGGGUACCAAAAACCGAUCAAUUCUUCUUAUCGAGGAUAUUGACUGCAGUGCUGAAAUGCGUGAUAGGAGUAAAUCUGAAGACCAAUUUGAUGAAUAUGGACGUCCAUACCGUGCCAAGCAGAGUCGAAAUCCUGAUUUGACCCUUUCAGGGCUACUGAAUUUUAUUGACGGAAUAUGGUCGAGCUGUGGAGACGAAAGGAUCAUUGUUUUCACAACUAACCACAAAGAUAAGCUUGACCCUGCUUUGCUCCGUCCUGGUCGAAUGGAUAAGCACAUUCAUUUGUCUUACAUUACGACUCCAGGCUUCAGAAUCCUCGCCUCAAACUACCUUUCUAUCGAGGAACACCACCUAUUUGGUGAGAUCGAAGAACUACUACAAGCGUCACAAACUACACCUGCAGAAGUAGCAGAAGAAUUGAUGGUUAGCGAUGACGCCAAUGUUUCCCUCACUGGCCUUGUCCAAUUUCUGAAGAGAAAGAUAGUCGAAGCGAAACAACUCAAAGAAGAAGAAGCUCAGAAAGCACUCGAGAAAGCGCUCGAAGAAGAAAAAGAUCAGAAAGAAACAAAAGAUGAAGAGCCAAAGAAAACUCAAAAGAGUGGUAUGUGUUCCAAGUGUGGCUCGACCAAGCCUCCGCCAGGAGUAUUGCCAUUCGCAUUAGAGUGUUAAAUCAGGUUCUCUUCUUACAGCACCCUGAGGACUUAUAGUAGAAAUUCUCACACCUAGGUCCAAGUCUUAGACUAGCCGGUUUCACUUCUGCUAGUUUGUUUUUUUCUUUAGUUUUAUUCUGCUUCUGCUUUUAUUGACAGUUUCUGGUGAUGAUGGAAAUGAACCAUGAUAAUUGAUGCACAACUUGAUGACAUUUUGAUAUGUUUUUUUCUUAUUUUGAGAAUAGUCAUGAAAACUCAAAUUGCAGGA